AUGUCUGCGACUUCAGUGACUCGCAAGCGGGGAAAACCGGUCUCGGGGGCCGGGGAAGCCGUAGCAGCCAGCAAGCGGCGGCGGAAGACCGAUUCUGCCGGUGCCAGGGGUAAAGCCAAGGGUGGUGUCAAAAUGAAUGAGGAGAUCUCCAGCGAUUCUGAUAACGAGAGCAUGACUCUGAGGAAGACUGAGGAGGAGGCAGAGGAGCUUGAGGAGACUGCACAGGAGAAGAAGCUACGCUUGGCCAAGCUCUACCUUGAGCAGCUGAAGCAGCAAGAGGAGGAAAAGGCUGAGGUCCGUGCAUUUGAGGAAGACCAGGUGGCAGGGCGCCUGAAGGAGGAUGUGCUCGAGCAGAGGGGCAGGCUGCAGAAGUCGGUGGCAAAGGAGAUCCAGGCCCCAACUCUGGCCGACAUUCGGGUCUUACGGGGCCACCAGCUCUCCAUCACCUGUUUGGUCAUCACCCCUGAUGACUCAGCUGUGUUUUCAGCCGCCAAGGACUGCACAAUCAUUAAGUGGAGCAUGGAGAGCGGACGGAGGUUACACGUGAUCCCUCGAGCCAAGAAGGGUGCUGAGGGACAGCCACCAGGUCACAGUAGCCACAUCCUGUGCAUGGCUAUCUCCUCUGACGGCAAGUACCUUGCCUCGGGUGACCGCAGCAAGCUCAUCCUCAUUUGGGAAGCUGAGAGCUGUCGGCACCUGUGUACUUUCACAGGACACCGGGACGCUGUGUCGGGACUGGCAUUCCGCAAAGGCACCCACCAGCUCUACAGCACAUCCCAUGACCGUUCUGUGAAAGUGUGGAAUGUGGCGGAGAACUCCUAUGUAGAGACACUCUUCGGGCACCAGGAUGCUGUGGCUGCACUAGAUGCACUGAGCCGGGAGUGCUGCGUGACAGCUGGUGGUCGGGAUGGAACCGUGAGGGUGUGGAAGAUCCCUGAGGAGUCCCAGCUUGUUUUCUACGGACACCAGGGCUCCAUCGACUGUGUGCAGCUCAUCAAUGAGGAGCACAUGGUGUCGGGCGCAGAUGAUGGCUCCGUGGCCUUGUGGGGCCUCUCCAAGAAACGGCCGCUUGCUCUGCAGCGUGAGGCCCAUGGGCUACGUGGGGAACUGGGCCUAGAGCAGCCCUUCUGGGUGUCCUCAGUGGCAGCCUUGCUCAACACGGACCUCGUGGCUACAGGCUCCCACAGCUCCUGUGUGCGGCUCUGGCAGUGUGGAGAAGGCUUUCGGAAGCUGGACCAUCUGUUUGACAUCCCUCUGAUAGGUUUUAUCAACAGCCUCAAAUUCUCCAGCACUGGGGACUUCCUGGUGGCUGGGGUGGGACAGGAGCACAGGCUCGGCCGAUGGUGGAGGAUCAAAGAGGCUCGGAACUCUCUCUGUGUCAUCCCCCUCCGUAGGGUUCCUGUGUCCCCUGCUGCUGGCUCCUGA